AGUUGUCUGUUAUGUUUUGCAACUUAAGAUAGAGACAAAAAGGAGGAAUACACAGAGAAAUACCUCAAGUAUGGAGACAUUCGCACCAGCUCAUCAUUAAACCAGACAGACUUUUUGUAAUGCCAUUGCUGAUAUUUGUGCAGCUCCUUCUCCUGGGGUUAAGGGCCAGUGACACCACCACGGAGCCAUGGAGACAUUGUACAGAUUUGCCCCCUCUGGAUCUUCUGUCUUUUGUUCUCGAGAAGGACACCUCCCAGCUCGUGCCGGGGGUGCACAUGAGGCAGACUGGAGGGGUGAGGGGUGUUCAUUUCUCCAGCCCUCAUACCUCCAUGAGCGUUCCCUCCUCCCAGUUGCUGGUGAAUUGCAACCUCUUCCCCAAAGAAUUCUCCAUUGUUGUGACACUAAAAGUCACUCCUAUUACACUCAAGAGAAAGGAGUACCUCUUUUCCUUGAUGGAGCCAAAAAUAUUAGUAAAAAGAGCAGUGGAGGAGAAGGAAGAGGAGAACAAUAAAGGGGAGAUUUUUGAAAAUUAUAAGGAGAGGGAUAUAAGUGGAGAAGAACAACAUGGAAAGGAGAAGAAGGAGAGGGGAGUCAAAAGUAAUGAGAAAGGUGAACGGAUCAUUCUUGGACUGAGGUUCUCGAGAAAACAUCUGCACUUUGUUUUUAAAGGUCAUGGAGGGGUGGUAGAGCACUGGGUGUUUGGAGACACCCAACUGGCUGAUAACCAGUGGCACACUGUGGUUUUAACCAUUGGCACUCAGCAUGUGAAGUUCACAGUGGACUGUGCCCCACCACUGGAAAUGUGA